UAAAACCUCUGCGUGGCAGAACAGCAGGAGAGGAGACGGGCAACAGCUGGAAAAAACAGUCAUGUUUAGCUGUCGAGUGAGACCGUAUUUAAAACGCUUUACACUUAUUAUGCGACGACGGAACAUCUGAACAUUGUUUUCGAAUUUGCAAACGCAGUCAAUGUGUUAAGCGGUUUAUUUUUUUAGUCGGUCGCUUUAAGCUAACGGUCCAGUGUAAGUUAGCCUGAGCGACAUGGAUCAGUCUGUGGCGGUUCAAGAGACUCUGGAUGUUGGAGAAAACUGCAUUAUAGCUGUUCAGUGUCUUUUACUGCUCAGUAAUGGUACAGAAAGCAGACUCCUGGGACUUGUGGAGUGCAGCAGAGAGCAUGCAUUAUUUCUGUUCAGCCAUAGAAGGAUGGCAAUCACUGGCAGUGAUAUAACUUUGCAGGAAAUCAUUCCAAUUUCAUAUGACUUUUCUGUUGUUGAGGUGUCUUCUGCUGAUGAACUUGCUGUAGUUGGUGCCGAUACUCGAGUUAGAGUAACAUUCUUUAAUAAGGAGAUGGAGCUCAAGUUGCCCUUCGGUUCCCACACACGUCUCUUCCUCACCGAAGUCAAUAGAGCCUGGUGUGAUGUCUGUGAGCAGUACCCAUCAUCGCCAAAAUUUGCCUGGCUUACAAAGUACCAGAAAAACUUUAAUGAUCCUGGAUCAAUAACACCCAGUACAACACGGAAGUUUAAAAAAAGAGGCAAAUCCCACACAGCACACAAAGAAAACAAACAGUCCACUUCCGGCACAGAGCCGAUAGGACGAGAGAGUCUCCGUGAGAGCAGCCAGGGGAGGGACAAAGCAGAAAUAAGGAAUGAGCUGGUUCGCUCAUCUCAACACACUGCAUCCCACAAAGCCCAGAUGCUCAACAUGCCCCAGUUUGGCCUACGUGACAAUCUUGUCAAGUGUGAACUCCUCAAGAAAGAGGAAACUUACACUUACAUUGAAGACUUCAACUUCUUCCUGGGUACAUACAAUGUAAAUGGACAGACACCAAAGGAGUCCUUGCGUAUGUGGUUGGGUUCCACUGCUCAAGCUCCUGAUCUCUACUGUGUAGGCUUCCAGGAACUUGAUCUAAGUAAGGAGGCAUUUUUCUUUAAUGACACCCCUAAGGAGCAAGAAUGGAUGAAGGCUGUAUUAGAUGGUCUCCACCAAGAUGCCAAGUAUGCCUUAAUAAAGCUGGUACGGUUGGUGGGGAUCAUGCUGCUGUUCUAUGUGAAAAAGGAACAUGCUGAGUACAUCUCUGACGUGGAGGCAGAGACUGUGGGUACAGGCAUCAUGGGAAGAAUGGGUAAUAAAGGGGCUGUUGCAAUUAGCUUCAGAUUCCACAAUUCAGACAUCUGUGUGGUGAACUCCCAUCUGGCAGCUCAUAUAGAGGAGUACGAGAGAAGGAAUCAGGACUACAAGGACAUCUGCAGCAGGAUGCUCUUCAGACAGCUUGACCUGACGCUUCCUCCACUCACCAUCAUGAAGCACAGUAUUGUCCUCUGGAUUGGUGAUUUAAAUUAUCGAAUAAGUGACCUUGAGGUUGACCAUGUAAAGGAUCUUAUAUUAAAAGCGGAUUUUGCAACACUUUACAAUCAUGAUCAGUUGAAGAGGCAAAUGGAUGAAGAAGCUGUGUUCGUUGGCUUUAUGGAAGGUGAGAUCAAUUUCCAACCAACGUACAAGUAUGAUACUGGCUCAGACGAAUGGGACUCCAGUGAGAAGUGUCGGGUCCCAGCUUGGUGUGAUCGUAUUCUGUGGAGAGGAAAGAACAUGAAACAGCUGAGUUAUCAGAGCCAUAUGAACGUGAGAAACAGUGACCACAAGCCUGUCAGCUCCCUGCUAAAAAUAGGGAUCAAAGUAUUGAAUGAAGAAAUCUAUAAAAGGACAUUUGAGGACAUUGUGCGGUCUCUGGACAAGCUGGAGAAUGAGUGUAUUCCAUCAGUUUCUCUGUCACAGCGAGAGUUCUACUUCACCAAUGUGAAGUUUAUGCAGCAUCAAGCACAAACUCUGACACUUCACAAUGAUGGACAGGUACCAUGUCAGUUUGAGUUCAUACAGAAGCUGGACGAGACAGCUUACUGCAAGCCCUGGCUUGCAGCCAACCCACCUAAGGGCUAUGUAGCCCAAGGGGCCAGUGUAGACAUUGACAUGGAGGUGUUUGUCAAUCGUUCUACCGCUCCGGAGUUGAACUCAGGUCAGCAGCAGCUUGAGGACAUUCUUGUGCUGCACCUGGACAGGGGCAAAGAUUACUUUAUCUCCAUUACUGGCUCCUACCUGCCAAGCUGUUUCGGCUCAUCCAUCCACAUGCUCUGCCAGCUAAGGGAACCCAUCCAGGACAUGCCUCUGGAGACCAUCCAUAAACUCAAUUUGUCACCCAGAGAGACAAGCAGCUCAGACACUGAAAAGGUUUUAGACAUUCCAAAAGAAAUAUGGAUGAUGGUGGACCACCUCUACCGUAAUGCCAGCAAACAGGAGGACAUCUUUCAGCAGCCAGGACUACGCAGUGAAUUUGAGGAGAUCAGGGAUUGCUUAGACACAGGCUCACUUGACUCUCUCCCUGGAAGUAACCAUUCUGUGGCUGAAGCACUGCUACUGUUCCUUGAUGCCCUUCCUGAACCAGUGAUCCCUUACUCUAUGUACCAACAAUGCCUGGAGUGCUCCUAUAGCAGCAGCCAAUGUAAACAGAUUAUUUCUUUGUUACCUCAGUGCCAUAAAAAUGUUUUUAACUAUUUAACGGCAUUUCUCCGGGAGUUGUUGAAAAACUCUGCACACAAUCGACUGGACAGCAACAUUUUAGCCACAAUAUUUGCUGCCCUAAUGCUAAGGUCCCCCACAAAACAAGACAUUUUGGAGAAAAGAAAGGCAAAGGAGUUUUUCCAGCAUUUUCUGGUCCAAGAAUCCCACUAAUAUACAUCACUGUCUACUUAUUUCGCUGCACAGUAUUUGACAUUUUUGUAGCUGUAAUAUUUGUCUAACUUGUUUAUCAUUUAUUAGCUUAUUUGUGUUAAACUACUAUCAUUUGAAUUUGAAGAUUUUUAAAUAGCAUAUUAAAGACAGCAUUAUUUUAUUAUAAAAGUUAUUGUUUUGGGCAAAAUUAAUUUUAUGCACAUUAUCCACUUGUUAAAAUUAUUCGACCAGCCAAGACAUGUUUGGGGUACAAAAUUUGCACGAGAUAUGAUGCUAAAAUUGCUAGGUUCAUCAUAGGUUUCAAGUCAUUCCAGAUCAUUUAAAAUUUUAGUAUUAAAACUGAUUGAAUAGUUUAGUGUUUUACAGAAUAAUUUCAUUAUGUAUCAGUUUCAUGCAGCGAAGGACACAUCUGGCUCGCACAUCUCUUAGUUAAUAUUCAUGGAAGCAGUUUUAUACAAUUUAGAAAAGGUAAAAUGUCAAGUAUUUUUUUUUUGCCUUCAAUGUCUACAGCUUCUACAGCAAACUAUAUAACAAACAUUGUUGUAGCUGCAGAACAAUAUUUAAAGAUUUGGACACCAAACAUUUUUUUCCUGAUGAUAAAUUUGAGGAUGACGUACAAAACUUGUGUGCAGAUUUCACUCUUGUAAGGCAGCUGGAUCAUAGUCAUUAUUUAAAGAGUAACUGUUUGUAUUUUGAUCUAAAUGCAAAACAUUUUUAUAUUAAAAAAAAUAGAAGCACUGAA